AUGUGGCUAAGCAUCGAGCUACAUGCUUCAAGGCUGUUGGUGGAAUGUAAACUGGUCGGUGGCGCCUCGGGGAGCGGAGCCAACUACUUCACACUCAAGUACUUCGACCAGGACGCUACCUUGGCUCAGAGUCCGCAGACGUACAAGCAUAUGGCGUGUGAUGUUGCUAGUCUCGAGCGCGUGUUCGAGAUCGGCCCGGGCUUCCGUGCUGAGACCUCGAACACGCACCGUCACAUGUGCGAGCUCGUGGGUCUGGAUCUGGAGAUGACUAUUAAGGCGCACUACCACAAGGUGCUCACAGAGAAAGAGAAGUGGCUGGGUCGUCUCAUCAAGGAGAAAUACGACACAAACUUCUACAUCCUCGACAAGUUCCGCUGGCUGGCGGGUACAGGUUCUGGAUCGUCAUUGCGGCUCACGACACAACCUCAUCGUGCUCCUACACCUACGGCCAUGCUCGCAUGCUUCUUUCACCACCAGGCUUGCUUCAAUCCCCGCCUCGAGCCAUCCGGUUGCUACUCGCUUUGA